AUGGCCACACACUUGAUCAAGGUUGAAAUCAUUGAGAGGCAAACAGUCAAACCAUCAUCCCCAACUCCUCAUCCCUUGAGAACCCUACAGCUCUCUGUUUUGGAUCAGAUGCUUCCUAGUCACGUUUACUUCCCAACGCUUCUCUUCUAUGCCGCCAACAAUAAUAUUACUGGUUCAGGAGGUGGAGCUACUUCCACAGACACGGCGGCCAUGCGGAUGAAAGAGAGAGAUUAUUUUCAGCAUCUAAUUCAGUCAUUAGCCAAAACUCUCACUCACUUCUACCCCUUAGCAGGAAGAUUGAGUAAAGGCCAUGACAUGAUCCAAUGCACUGAUGAUGGAGCUGAGUUUGUGACGGCCCGAGUUAAAUGUUCCUUAUCGCAGAUUUUUGAACGUCCAGAUCCCGAUAUGCUAACAGGGCUCGUCCCAGCAAUUGGUCAACCUGAUGGUGAUGGUGAUGGUGAUGCCACGAGGCUCCCGUUGCUUGCUGUGCAAGCCAACUUGUUCGAGUGUGGAGGAAUGGCAAUAGGGUUGAAUUUCUCACAUAGGGUUGUUGAUGGCACCACAUCUACCGCCUUCACCAGUUGUUGGGCCAAAACAGCCCUUGAUGAUUGUCACGAUGAUCAGGUACCCUUCAUGGUCCCAAAAUUUGAUGCUGCGUCUUAUUUUCCACCACUAGAUUUCUUAAACUCAUCACAGCCAUCACCACCCAAUCUGGUGGGCAUCAAGUACAUAACAAAGAGGUUUGUGUUUGAUGCCUCAAAAAUUGCAACCCUCCAAUCACAUUUGGCCAGCGCAUUGGCACCUCAUGUACCGACUCGUGUCCUCGUAGUUUCAGCACUCAUUUGGAAAUGUGCUAUGGAAGCAUCAUCCAAAUCAUCAAACAUACCAUUGGGGUCAAGACCAUCUUCGUUCAAAAUGGCUAUGGACUUGCGUAGACGAUUUGAGCCACCCUUCCCACAAAACUUGGGUGGGAACGUUGUUGCUAAUUUAGUAGUCAUCGCUACACCAUCGUUAUUAAAAGGUCAAGAAGAGAAUGACGAUGAGACCAUAGAUCUAAAAGACUUGGUUGCCAAACUCAGGAAAGGGCUUGAACAGCAGAAAGAAACUUAUCCUACAAAACUACCAUUUGAUUCUAUUAAGGCAUGGCAAUGGGAUCAAGAAUGUCAAAAGUUGACAGGGAAUGUUGACAUGUACCAUUUAUGCCCUGGAAGUUGGUGUAGGUUUCCUUUUUAUGAAGCUAAUUUCGGAUGGGAAAGCCGGCAUGGAGAUGGCAAGGGAAUAGAAGCAAUGUUGAGUGUUACUGAAGAAAUCAUGGAGCAUUUUGAAAGCAACCCGGAGCUGCUUAAAUAUGCUUCUCCUCGGCCUGAGUUUCGAUUGUUUGAUCUGUCGUCCCCUUGCUGUUCAACUCAAGAGGAGGAAACUGAUGAGAUUUUGCCCACUCCGAAGACUUCUUCAGCUCCAGUACCACACCAAUCACCUGCUGAAGAUGUCAUUCAGAAGGCACAGAGCCUACAUAUCAGCUUCCAGAAAGGAAGAACCGUGGCAAACCUCGAGUACAAUAUUAUCAGAGUCACGUGUGCACUAUGUGAAGCAGUUGGCUGA